AUGCAGGGAGCCGGGCAGGGAACAUUUGGUCCCUGCAGUCAGGGCUGGCCCCAGUGCGGUGCUACGGGCGCGGUGCUAUGGGAGCUGGGCAGGGGACGUGGCAGGGAACAUGUUGGCCCCAGUAUGGUGCUACGGGCGCGGUGCUGCAGGGAGCCGGGCAGGGAACAUUCUGCCCCUGCGGUCAGGGCUGGCCCCGGUGCCCCAGUGCGGUUGUAGAGGGCUCUGUCCCCCUCAGUUGAGGUGUGAUGGCAAAGGCCGAUCCUUGCCACUUGCUGUCUGUCGGAGUUGGAGCGUUAGCUCCUGUGGCCUGGCCAAAUUCCAGCCUAGGUAAUUUGUUUGGCUGAGCUAACCCCCUGCAGUUGUUUCGUAGAGGAUCCUCCUUCACCUGCUGAUCUCAUCUAUUUUGCAGCAUUUCUGUGUGGCUGUUACAGGUGCCCAGUUCCACCCCAGAGGGGACUGCACCUCCAUAUGGGUGGGGUGAUGGAAGAGUGCUUUGGAGGCCUCGUAGCUGGAAGGUGCUACAGGAAUGGCAGUUGCUCUGAGCCAGCCUAUUCCCUGCAGGAGAGAGGGAGUAACCCCCCCCCCCCGCCCCGGUUUCCUCUCCAGUCCUGUGGGGUGAUGGGUCCUUUGGACUCAGGAUAAAGCCUGUGCCAUGCAGUGCAUCCUGCCCCCUGCUCACGAGCUUCCCUUACUCCCCCAGUGUGGAGGGGCUCUCCUAAACCAUGUGCUGGGGCCCUGCGGCUGCUGGGCCCAGUCAGGGCGCCCUGGGUAGGCAGAAUGGGAGUGCACACUCCUACCAGGAGGGAGGAGCAUGGCCAGCUGUGGGGUGAGCCGGAGGGAAGGAUGUCAGGGCUCUCAGGCCUCAGAGUGACUGGCACUGCCUCUCCCCAGGCGAAGGGGAAACUGCAGGGCAGCAUCGAUGGAUACGUGAGGGAGAAGAUCCAGCUGGCAGCCGAAGCUAUCUCCAAAUAUGCCUUCGAGAAGAUCAGUGACGGUGAUGUCAUCCUGGUGUAUGGAUGCUCCUCCUUAGUGAACCGCACACUGUGUGACGCCCAUGACAACGGUCGUGCCUUCCGGGUGAUCGUGGUGGACAGUCGGCCGCGGCUGGAGGGCCGGGACACACUACGCAGGCUGGUGCGCGAGGGCAUCCGCUGCACCUACGUCAUGAUCACCGCCAUCUCCUACGUGCUGCCCGAGGUCUCCAAGGUGCUGCUGGGGGCUCACGCGCUGCUGGCCAAUGGCUCCGUCAUGUCCCGGGUGGGGACGUCCCAGAUCGCGCUGGUGUCCAAGGCCUACAACGUGCCUGUGCUGGUGUGCUGCGAGACCUACAAGUUCUGUGAGCGGGUGCAGACGGACUCCUUUGUCUCCAACGAGCUGGAUGACCCCGAUGACCUGAUCGUGCCCGGGAAGGGAGGAGCCCAGCUGCGUGGCUGGAAGGAGAACUCGUCCCUGCGCCUUCUCAAUCUGGUCUAUGACGUGACCCCCCCCGAGCUGGUGGACCUGGUGAUCACGGACUUGGGCAUGAUCCCGUGCACCUCGGUGCCUGUCGUCCUGCGUGUCAAGAACGUGGAGCAGUAGUGGGCGGGAUGGGGGCUGCACGGACCCUCAAUAAACCCUGCUGAUCUCA